UCUCUCACCUCUCCCGCCCCGUGGGACUGGAUCCAGAUGUGAGGGGAACAGUCCCCAGGGACCCCUGUCAGCGUUUAAAAGGCCUCAGACCUCAGUCUGGGCCUCAGCUCGACCUUCCCAACAUGUGGAAGCUGCUGAUUUUGAGUGUGCUGUUGGAGGCAGUCUUUGGCAAUGAGAACUUUGUGGGGCACCAGGUUCUCCGAAUCUCUGCAGCUGAUGAAGCCCAGGUGCAGAAAGUGAAGGAGCUGGAGGAUUUGGAGCAUCUGCAGUUGGACUUCUGGCGAGACCCUGUCCGGCCUGGAAUCCCCAUCGAUGUCCGAGUGCCCUUCUCCAGUAUCCAGUCAGUCAAAGUCUUCCUGGAAUCCCACGGUAUCAACUAUGAGAUCAUGAUUGAAGACAUUCAGACACUGCUGGAUGAGGAACAGAAGCAGAUGUCUGCCUUCCAGGCCAGGGCCCUGUCCACCAAAACCUUCAAUUACGCCACCUAUCAUACCCUGGAUGAGAUCUACGAAUUCAUGGACUUGCUGGUGACAGAGAACCCACAGCUUGUAAGCAAGAUCCAGAUCGGCAACACUUUUGAAGGUCGUCCCAUUUAUGUACUGAAGUUCAGCACUGGAGGGACCAACCGCCCAGCCAUCUGGAUUGACACUGGCAUCCAUUCCCGGGAAUGGGUCACCCAGGCCAGUGGCGUCUGGUUCGCGAAAAAGAUCACUGAAGACUACGGCCAAGACGCAGCUUUCACAGCCAUUCUUGACAACAUGGACAUCUUCCUGGAGAUUGUCACCAACCCUGAUGGUUUUGCCUACACCCACAAAACGAAUCGCAUGUGGCGCAAGACUCGAUCACGCACACAGGGCUCUCUCUGUGUUGGAGCGGACCCCAACAGGAACUGGGACGCUGGCUUUGGGCUCGCCGGAGCUAGUAGCAACCCCUGCUCGGACACUUACCAUGGCAAGUUUGCCAACUCUGAAGUAGAGGUCAAGUCCAUCGUGGACUUUGUGACAAACCACAGAAACAUCAAGGCCUUCAUCUCCAUCCACAGCUACUCUCAACUCCUUCUCUACCCCUAUGGCUAUACAUCAGAACCAGCCCCCGACAAGGAAGAGCUGGAUCAGCUAGCUAAGUCUGCUGUGACGGCCUUGACAUCUCUGUAUGGGACCAAGUACAAGUAUGGCAGCAUCAUUGACACAAUCUAUCAAGCCAGUGGGAGCACUGUUGACUGGACCUACAGCCAGGGCAUCAAGUAUUCUUUCACUUUUGAGUUGCGGGACACUGGGCUCAGAGGCUUCUUGCUGCCUGCCUCCCAGAUCAUCCCCACAGCUGAGGAGACAUGGCUGGCCCUUCUAACCAUCAUGGACCACACCUUCAAACACCCAUACUAAAGCAGCACUUUACCCCCCUACCCCUCCCUUCUCCCUAGCCCCAUCUGGGUAACUCAAUAAAAUUGA